AGAACCCUAUUUUUCUAUUUACUUUGUCAGCUAUGGCAGAAGGAGCUCACCUCUACGCUCUGGAUUUUGACGGCGUUCUCUGCGACAGCUGCGGAGAGAGCUCCAUUUCGGCGCUCAAGGCCGCGAAAUUGAGAUGGCCGGAGCUUUUCGCGAAUGUGAGCGCUGAGACGGAUGCAUGGAUUCUCGACAGCAUGCGGACUGUAAGGCGAUCGUUUCCUUCGAAUCAAACAGGCAGCCAUUCUUCCUUUUUUCUCUUCUCUUUCGUUUUCCAGGUCAGACCAGUUGUAGAAACUGGCUAUGAGAAUGUUUUGCUGGUGCGAUUGUUGCUGGAGCUCAAGGAACCUCACCGUGGAAAAUCCUCGGUGGUGAAUGGAUUGACAGUGGAAGGAGUCUUGGAGAAUUGGGAGAAGCUCAAGCCUGUGCUGAUGAAGGAAUGGGGUGAAGCCAGUAGAGACGAGCUGGUUGAGCUUUUUGGCAACGUGAGAGACGAAUGGAUCUCGAAAGACCUCGGGACUUGGAUCAGUGCAAACAGGUUCUACCCUGGAAUAGCUGAUUCUUUGAAGUUCGCGACGUCUCGAGUUUUUAUCGUUACUACAAAGCAGGCUCGUUUCGCUGCAACAUUGCUUAAAGAGCUAGCUGGUGUCGAUUUUCCUACAGACAAAAUAUUUGGUCUUGGCACUGGGCCGAAGGUGGAGGUAUUGAAGCAACUCCAAAGUCGUCCAGAGCACCAGGGAAUGAUUCUCCAUUUUGUGGAAGACAGGUUGGCCACACUUCAUAAUGUGAUCAAGGACCCCGCUCUUGACAGAUGGAACUUGUACCUUGGUAACUGGGGAUACAACACACCGGCGGAACGCGAGGCAGCAGCUGCUAUCACUCGCAUCCAAGUUCUAGACCUCCCAGAUUUCUGUUCGAAGCUCCAGUAGACAAACACGAUUCUUUUGUACACUGAAGGAGCAGCAAAGAGAAAUCUUUCUUUACGCAAGGAAGACGGUCUUCCGAUAAACGAAGGGAAGUUAUUACCAUCUUUUU